AUGUCGACUCUGCCAAUCGUUAACCAGGAACUGCAGAUACUGGAGAUUAGAGAGACCUACGAAGACUCAGGUUGUGGGUUCCAGUUCGCAGGGACUCUCGUUGUGUAUCAAAUAAAGGGCCUUUUGUACCAUGCAAAGCUGAAAGGCCGUUGCUCUUCUCCUUCGAUUGUCAAUGCAGAGGACCUUAUGAACGUUAAGCAAAUUCCUGCGUCGGCCUACAAUCCCAAAUUUCCUGUCGGAUUUACGCUAUCGCCUGGAUCCCUACCUAACGGUUGUCAUGUCAAAAAACCCCAAUUGAUCAAUUACGAUCGGAUUAGUGUAGGACCUCAACCGAAUUUGAUUGCAGAAGAUAUCCUCAGGGAAGCAAGGAUUUACGAACUCUUAACGUUACACCCACAUCCCAACAUUGCUACCUACCUCGGUUGUCAAGUUUCUGACGGCACAAUCACGGGACUUUGCCUUAAGAAAUACCCUCAUACCUUGAUGAAAGAGGUCAACCCGGGCGGUCUCAAAAAGAGAGCACUUAGAAACAUGCGGAAAGCGAAGGGGGAAUACAGUCAUUUCCUCACGGGCAUUGAAAAUGGCAUUCAGCACCUUCACUCGUUGGGGUUGGUUCAUAACGAUAUCAAUCCAAGCAACAUAAUGAUCGAUGAGGAGAGAGCAAUCAUCAUCGAUUUUGGAUCUUGCCGGAAGCUAGGAGAGAGCUUAGAAAAUGUGGGCCGUACCUACGAAUGGUACGAUGACAAAAUUCAGAAGUCUCUUCUAGAGAAUGACUUGAACGCCUUGGAAGAAAUUCGCAUUUGGCUUGGCGUUAGUUCACAAGAAUUCCAAUUUGAUGAAUAG